AAAGGUGAACCGGAGGAAACAGAGCCAGCAUGGCGGCGGAGCAGAGCCGGAGGAGCGUGAGCUCGGCCAAAAUGUCUAAAAAAGGUGGGAGGCGUGGCAAGCUCACCGCUGAGGAAGAAGCUAAAAGGAGGGAACAGGUGAAGGAGCAGCUGAUGCAGCAACUAGAGCUGGAGAGAAGAGCUCUUAAAGUGGUGGAGCGCCUCCUAGAGGACAGCGUGGCCGAGGACUUCCUGGUCGACUGUGCCAAGUUCAUCACUACUGCUAACUACAAAGAUACCGUUGAGGAGAGAUCCAUUUUAAAAUGUUGUGGUUAUCCAAUAUGUUCAAAUAAACUUGGCAAGAUCCCAACUCAACAAUUUAGAAUAUGUACGAAGACUAACAGGGUGUUUGACAUCACAGAGCGUAAGAUGUUUUGCAGUAACUUUUGCUACAAAUCCUCCAAAGAGUUUGAGUUACAAAUAUCACAGACGCCUCUUUGGCUCCGGACGCACGAAAGUCCUCCAGGGAUUAAGUUACUGAAGAAAGGAGAUGGGGGGCGCUCUGGAGAGGAGGUGAUGCUGUCUGCAAGACGCCUGGCAGAGGGGGAGAUCGAGAACCCGCUGGCUUCAUCAUCCGAAGGACUCAACAACGAUGGACAAAGCUCGGCGGGAGCUGGCCACAGCGAUGGCAGCGACGGAGAGCAGGACUUUGUCUCCAGCGUGGUCUCCCAGCAGCAAAAACCCAGGGUGCACUGGGGGGACCUGCCGAAACGCACAGAUGAAGACGGCGAAGGGAAACACGAGGAGGUUAAGAUGAGACAGAAUCUGCUGAUGAAAGGAAACGGAGAUGAGACUGAACUUCACCGAAGUCAAACCAAAGAGAAAAAAGAAAUAAGAAAAGAGAAAGUAAGCAAAGAGCCUUUUGUUGGAAAAGAGCUGCACAGACUAAACACUGACGAAGCAGCACAAGGAGAGAGGGACUCACCUGAGGACAUAAGUGUGGAAGAAGUCACAGCAAAGAUAAACACGUGUUUAUCUGAAAUCUUCACUCAAAGUCCUGACCAGCCAGAACCAACAUCCCCACUUACGUCUCCUGCCGUAGAAACAAAACCCUCACUAGAAAGCGAGCAUCCCCCUCCUUCGACGUUGACUGUUGCCAGUCAGGACCAGCACAGAAAACCCUCGUCAGACCCGCCCGGCCUCAACAUCACACAGGUGGGAAUGAGCAGGACAGGAGCGGCAGGGCUGCGAGAUCUGCUGAAGAACCUUGCUGCACCUGAUGCCAUGCGGCUGAAUCUUCUGGAGGGUUUGAAAGCAACUUUAAAAGAGUGGCGCACCGAUGAGACUGUGACGUUUCUUUACGGCAUCGAUCCUCCGGCGGCUUCCGCUGCCGCUGAUGUGAAGGAAGAAACGGAGGAGUUGGACGAGGAUGACCUCGAGGAUGAUGUGACGUCGACCGGCGCUGAGGAGCAGCAAACGCCGUCGGCUGCAGCUCCAGACUAUGAGACGCUGCAGAAGGCGACCCAGCAGAUGGAGCUCAAAGUCAGAGAGUUUUACAAGGGGACCUGGGUCCUGCCUGACCAGGAAGGGCCGCUGAAUGGAAAUGAGGCAACCGCCCAGGACAAGAGCACAAAGGAUCCAGUUUUGCCGCUCGUCGACUCUCAAGCUCAGCAGCUCAUACAGAAGAAAAUCACAGUGGAGAAGCUCAGCGGCUGCCUCAGGAACAUUGUAGGCCCACUGUGCCUCACCAUGAGUGACGUCUCCACCCACUUAAACAACCUGGUCAGGACGUUCAGGUUCACCAACAAAAACAUCAUUCACAAAUCUCCAGAGUGGACCCUCAUCGCUGUGGUGCUUCUGCAUCUGCUGGCAGAAGUGUCUCCAGUGGUGCGAGAAGCCUUGAAGAUGGCAGAUUCAGUGGAGUAUUUGAAUACGCUGAUGGGGGAGCUGGGCCUGCAAGAGCAGGACCUUCUGAACGUAGUUCAACUGUUUAAAGUCCCAAAACACUGAUACCCCAAGAUGUCUGUAUGCUUUUGCAAAUAGAACAAUUAAAUAAAGCAUGUGUGUUUUA